AUGAAACGUUACUUAUUUAUCUGUGCGAUAUUAUUUUGUAUAUACGUAAGUGAGUGUAAGACUCGAAAAAUGGAUUACCCAACGGAAAAACAAUUAGUUUUACAACGUAAAGAGACGUCUCCUGUUGAUUUUACAAGAUUACUUGUGAUGAGAGUAGUGUACGGUAUGGCCAAAGUACUGGGCUUUGAAGAACCUGUAAGUGGAAUAUUAAACGGUGCAUUCGUACCCCCCGGAGCUGACGACGAUGAUGACUUUGAUGAUGAUGACGAUGGUGGACUAUUUGAUGAUUAUUGA